ACUACUGGUCCGUUCAGUGUAUGAUUUUCGUAAAUUCGUGAAAUGGCUGCUGUGAGCGAUUGUUUUACGGUUGGAAGUACGGUAGCUUGUACGACCUGUUUUCAUAAGAAUAUUGAAGGUGAAGUCCUUGCCUUCGAUCCCGAAACGAAGAUGCUGAUAUUGAAAUGCCAUUCAAAGGAUUCAUCAAAAUUGAGUGAUGUUUACAUAGUAAAUUUAUCACUUUGCAGCGAUGUUCAAGUGAAAAAGGAAAGCAACACAAUAUCGGAACCAAAACAAUCACUGGAUUUGCAGCGGUUAAGCAGAAGGGUUCGCAAUGCGAUCGAACAAAAGAAGAUUUUGGUGUCGGCACUACAAUCCGGUGUCAGUCCAGACGGUCAGAAACUGUACAUGGCCAUAUCCAAAACUAUAAGUAAUCAAGUGAAUUGGUCUGGUCCCAACAUAGUAGUAUUCAAUGAUGUCACUAUAACACCUCCGUAUAAAUUAGAAAAUGUGACUGGGAGUCCCGAGUCUCGGCAACUUGCUUAUGUUAAAAAGAUAGUCGACAAGUUCAUAAAAGAUCAGGCAGCCGUCGGUACAGCUGCAUCGACACCGGCGUCAUCAGUGGCUUCCACAACGACUGUGUCAACAGUGUCAGCCAACUAGAAAUGAUUUAAGAUUACACAUUUCGUUUAGGGUUUAACGAAAGAGGGAGAUAGAGACGGGAGAGAGAGAGAGGUAGAGCGAUAGGGAGAGAGAGAAAACAAAAAACAAGAAAAAUAAAAACCAAAAAAAGGAAAUUAUUUAAAGAAACAAAACAGCAGCAGCAACAGAUUGGUACUUAAUCCUACUGAUUUGGUGUUUUGUUUGUUUUUGAAUUUUUAUUUUUCGUCGAUUUCGGUUGUUUUGGUGUUGUACACAAAAAAAAACUUUUUAAAAAUUCAAAACAAAAUUUAGAAAAUUUAUUUACCAUUUUUCAUCGUUAAAAAUUCUUUUUUUUUUUGCAAAUUUUUUACAAAUUAAAUCUUGCGUGGCAAGCGCAGGUACUACUCCUUUUUUUUUCUUCUUCAGUUAUUUUUCUUCUUUUCACACAUUUUUUAAUUUUUAAGGAAUGUAGUAAUACCAAAUCGAAACAUUGAUUCUUUGUUUUCAUUUUUAAUUUUGAAUAAAUUAUUUAUAAACAGAA